AUGUGUUAUCACCGCCGCUGCAGCCAUAUCUGGUCGAACGGCGCUCAUGUCGAAUUACGUGCAGAGGUUCCGGCGCAGCCAGGUCUAGGCCCAGAAGCUCUCGAGGAAAGAGGACUGGCGGAAGAAGCAGGCAAUCCGCUUGGAUUGACAGUGAUUUACAAGUCGAGAAAUCACGAGAGCAAUUGCCACCCACUCGCAGGAAACCGCGAAAGAAGAUCUCCUAAGGAGCCGAGUAUCCGAGUCAUGGAUACAGUAGGAAGGAUACACUCGUUCCCCUUUGAUCAGUGUCGCACAUGGAAGGACAUGGAAAGUCUCUUACGACAUGCCUUUUUACACGAUGCGUUAGAGUCUCAUGUUAUAGAAGGGCAUUAUGACUUGGUAGGUCCCGACCAGAAGAUCAUUCUACCUCAAGACUGGGACACUGUGAUUGAACCAGGGUGGGAUAUCACCAUGCAUGUGUGGCCAGUUCCGGAAGAGCCAGUCACUCCUCAGCCAGCGGAUCCCACAAGUCCAUCAGUUGAUGCGCCGAUCGCAACACCAAUCCACAGUGGCACAUCUGUCGCAGUCGACAGCUAUGUGGAUGAGCACAAGGAUGAUCAAAGGAUAGCACCGCGUAUUAUUCAAAAAACGCGCGACCCAACUCGCAAAUCCGUGACCGCCCCUUCUCUGUCCUACACGCCCUCUUCUCGCUCUCUGGAUCCAUCUAAGAUAGAAGAUACUUUGCCUAAGUAUGAACGCCAGCCUUCUUCACUCAUGACGUUUAUCCCAGAGCAUAACCGAUUUCUUCGCAGCAGUCGGCGCUCGAUGAAAUAUCACGAUUCUGCGCCCCCGGAACGUGCUGCGGUUGGGAAUCCUCGCAGGCGCCGGCCUUUAGCUUGGGACUCUGAUGACGAUACGACAGAGAAAGAACGAGAGGCAGAAACAUAUCGAGCCUCCCAGCCAGGCGAGUCCUCAGCAUCUGACCCUCAAUGUGCCGAGGAAGAAACUGCAGGCCACACAAAUACUGAGAAAACGAACAAUGAUAACCUUAAGCCAGAGGACGAUGACAACAUUGUCAUGACAAUGAACGGUGUGACCAUGAGCUUUAGUCGAGGGUCUGUCGGCGGCACGCGGUUAAUACUUCGAACUGGAGACAACGGAGCGGUCGAGCUAGAUAUCGAGGGCGAACGUCGACAGAAAGAGUACCUGAUUGGUUGCUUUGACGACCCUGGAAGUACUGCUCAAAGAGAGCGAGAUCCACGGCAAGUCAUGAGUGCCAGGGCACCGGUCCGGGCUCGGUGA